UAGAAAUGAAAUUCACUUUGUUACAUAUAGCAUGUGCAUUAAAAGUUUGUCAAUUUCUAUAUUUGCAUUGCAGUCCAAUAUAUUUUAAUUACCAAUUAGCGUUUGUUCUUAACAACCCAAAUACGUAUUUGUAUGUAUGUGUACAUGUCUCAGUUUCUUCAUUUUAUGUUCUAUUACCGCACUUAUCGCCCAAUAGAAAAAAGGUAACCUAAAAGCUGAUUUACUUCAGCCCAAAAGAUAACAAAAAAUAAAUAAAAAGAUUCAGUUCCUCAGAAGUGCUGUCUCAGUUCUUCCAUGUCUAAAUUUACUGUCCUUUGCUUUUAUUUUUCUGCUGAUCACCUUGAGAUUUUGAGUCAUACCUGAUGCAUUAAAGCAAAAAGCUGGAGCCCUGGAAAUAGGAUGUGACCUCUAACGUUUAGUGCAUCUGGGUUUAGUGUUGCUUAACCCUUGUGUUGUGUUGCAGUUUAAAAUUGACCCACUCCCAUGGGUAUUCCUGUAUUAAAUACCUUAACUUAUUAUUUUCCGACUGAAAUUUGAUGAAUUUUUCUUCUCCACCGUUAGAAUAAGUGAUUAUUUUGUUUAUGUCUCCAUGUGCUGUACACCUCUAGGGUACACAGAUUGUCUUAUGGGUCAUUUUUGAGCCAUGAGACCCAACAUACAAAAAUGAUAGAUAUUUUGUCAUGUUUGUUACAACUUUUGUAAGUUACUACAAUACAUUUUUAAUGUGGAAAGCAGUUUGAAGAUGCCAAAUAUGUUUUAUUGCAUUGUUUAUUGUGUUUCCCAAAAGUUUGUCUCCUCAUUUUUUGGCAGAAAGAGAAAGGGGAAAUAUUUAUAUUAAUUCACAAUAUGUUCCACAACACAGCUUUUCCCCGUGUAAUAACUGAAGAUUAUUUAAGCCCUACCAUUCUAAAAUAAAAAAGCUAUGAAUAAAAAUGAAAGUCUUUGAAUGUUUUUAAUAUAUUUUGUAAUGCAUGUUUAAUUUUUUUUUUUACUGUUUUUGAUGUUGAUUUUUUUAAAGCCUUUUAAAAUGUUUAGAUUUUGCCCAUAAACCUGCUUAAAUUAAAUAUAUAUAUAUUUUUAAGUUUAAAGUUGGUUGAAUAUUCAAAGCUGUUUUAAGAACAUUCCCAGUAUUAAAGGCUGCUUUGGCGCCUUCUCAUCACUGAGCCCCCCCUCCCUCAUUGGUUGUGGUUGAGGACCUGACACUUGAAGCAUGAUCGCCCGCGUGCGCUCAGCCGCUGAUGCGCGCGCGGCGGAGCCCCCCACACAGGAGCGUCACAGCCAGGCAGGCUCUUCUCCGCCGGUGCAGCGCCGCGCUGCUCCGCCGCCGCUUCAAACCUGCCUCCUCGCCGCUCCUCUCCUCACUCUCCUUCCCCGCCUCCUCCACGGAAGUAGCCGAAAAGCGGCGCCGUCUCUGCGGACUCGUCCACCCGCCGCCGGCUGUCAGCCCGAGCAGGGGCUCCGCUCCCGCCGCAGGAGGAGAAAGGUUACUUCCACAACAACUUGUAUGAGAAAACAGCCGCUCCACAUCCAGACACCCCCAACUCCUCCUCCCUGCCCUCCUUGGUGGCAGGGUGGAUCCAGAAGGCUUGGCUUGAUUCCAGCGAGGAGCCGAUCCUGCAGCCACUUCCAUCACGUCUUCACCUCUGGCUGCAGGGCGGCCCUCGUGGCCGGGAUGCCGCUGUGUGCCGUGCCAGUCCACUGUGGACGGUGAGGGGCAAGAAGAAGGGACUGAGUGCCGGAGACUAAGAGGAGGCGGCCCUCACCACACAGCAGACAUGAACCUUUGCUGGAAUGAAAUCAAACGCAAGUCCCACAACAUCCGGGCGCGGCUGGAAGCCUUCUCUGACAACAGUGGGAAGCUGCAGCUCUCCCUUCAGGAGAUCAUAGAAUGGCUGACAGCCAAGGACGAGGAGCUGUCGGAGCAGCUGCCCAUAGGAGGCGACGUGGGGGCCGUCCAACACCAGAGGGAGUUCCACCAGGCGUUCAUGGAGGAUGUCAAGUCUCGCGGGCCCUUCAUCUACUCCAUUUUAGAGUCAGCUCAGGCCUUCCUCACUCAGCACCCCUUCCAGGAGCCAGAGGAGACCCUGACUGAUGGAAAAGAAGUGUCUCCACGUCGGCGAAUCUUGAACGCGAGUCGUUCGGUGUGGAAGCAGGCAAACGUGGCCAGUGACCUGUGGGAAAAACUGACAGCUCGCUGUGUGGACCGCCACAGACACAUGGAAAGGACACUGGAGCGCCUUUUACAAAUCCAGGCUGCCAUGGAGGAGCUGGCUGGAGCCCUGGAGCAGGCAGAGGGGGUGAGGGAUGCCUGGGAGCCUGUAGGCGACCUCUUCAUCGACUCUCUUCAGGACCACAUAGAUGCUACCAAGUUGUUCAAGGAGGAGCUGACUCAGGUGAAGGAGGGCAUGAAACACAUCAACGACCUGGCUCACCAGCUGGCAAUCUCUGACGUUCAUUUGUCCAUGGAGAAUGCCCGCGCUCUGGAGCAUCUCAACAACCGCUGGAAAGUGCUUCAGGGUUCCAUAGAGGAGCGGCUGAAGCAGCUCCAGGAUGCACACAGAGACUUUGGCCCUGGAUCGCAGCACUUCCUUUCCAGUUCAGUGCAGAUACCGUGGGAGCGUGCCAUCUCCCCAAACAAAGUGCCCUACUACAUCAACCACCAGGCCCAGACGACAUGCUGGGACCAUCCAAAGAUGACAGAGCUGUACCAAGCGCUGGCGGAUCUGAACAACAUCAAGUUCUCAGCGUACAGAACGGCAAUGAAGCUGCGGAGAGUUCAGAAGGCUUUGAGAUUGGAUUUAGUGUCACUCAGCGGCCUCUCCGAGGUGUUCCGGGAGCAGGAGCUGCAGCAGGCGGAGCGCCUGAUGGAUGUGGUGGAGGUGAUUCACGGCCUGACAGCUCUGUAUGAGAAGCUGGAGGAGCAGAGGUCUAUCCUGGUCAACAUUCCUCUUUGUGUCGAUAUGUGUCUCAACUGGCUGCUCAACGUUUACGACAGCGCUCGGAAUGGCAAAAUGCGAUUUCUCAGCUUCAAGAUGGGAUUGGUGUGCUUGUGCAACGCUGACGUCCAGGAGAAAUACAAAUAUUUGUUCCGUCAGGUGUCUGGUCCUGGGGGUUUGACAGACCAGCGCCACCUCAGCCUGCUGCUCCAUGAAGCCAUCCAGAUCCCCCGCCAGCUGGGCGAAGUUGCUGCUUUCGGCGGCAGCAAUGUGGAGCCAAGUGUUCGUAGCUGCUUUCGCAUGGCUCCUGGGAAACCUUCCAUCGAGGUGUCUCACUUCCUAGAAUGGAUGAGCCUGGAGCCUCAGUCAAUGGUUUGGCUGCCCGUCCUCCACCGUGUGACUGCUGCUGAGUCCACCAAGCACCAGGCCAAAUGCUAUAUCUGCAAACAAUGUCCCAUCAGGGGAUUCAGGUAUCGCAGUUUGAAGCAGUUCAAUGUGGACAUCUGCCAGACGUGUUUUCUAACCGGCCGCACAAGCAAGGGAAAGAAGCUGCACUACCCCAUCAUGGAGUACUACACCCCAACAACCUCGGGAGAAAGGAUGAGGGACUUUGCCAAGACUCUGAAGAACAAGUUCAGGUCAAAGCAGUACUUCACAAAGCACCCGCAGAGAGGUUAUCUGCCAGUGCAAUCUGUGCUGGAAGCUGAGAGCUCAGAGACGCCGUGCUCUUCACCGAGGCUGCCUCAUGCUGACACACACAGCAGGAUUGAACAUUAUGCAAGCAGACUGGCAGAAAUGGAAAACCAGAAUUGUUCAUUCUUCACGGACAGCCUGUCUCCUGAUGAAAGCCUGGAUGAAGAUCAGUACCUCCUGCGUCACUCCAGCCCAGCCCUGGAUCAGGACUCGCCCUGCGGACAGCACAUGCUGCUGGCUCACCUGGAGCACCAGGACAAGGAGCAGCUGCAGCACACCCUGGCCCGCCUGGAGAACGAAAACAGGGUGCUGCAAAGCGAGUACAGACGCCUCAAGUGGAAGCACGAAGAGGCCGCGUCCGUUCCCAUGCUGACCGAGGCUGGAGAGGACGGCCUGGGCUCGCCCACAGCGGGGGGGCAGCAGGACGAGGAGCUCCUGGCCGAAGCCCGGGUCCUGAGGCAGCACAAGACACGCCUGGAGACCCGCAUGCAGAUCCUGGAGGACCACAACAAACAGCUGGAAUCUCAGCUGCGCAGGCUCAGGGAGCUGCUGCUACAGCCCAAAGAGGAUUCAGAGGCGAAUGGAUCCGAACCGUCGACGCUCUCCUCUCCUGUGUCUGGAGGAGGUCACCACGGAGAGCCGGCAAGCAGGGAGACGACGGACACGGAGGCAGCAGCAGAGGACGUGGAGCAGGACACCGUGCUGCAGCUCCAGGAGGUCAUCGAGCAGCUGAGAAACGUCUUCCCCUCAGAACCGGGCACCACGUCACACAUUUAGGGCUGUGGGUGCUUCCAGCAGCAGAGAGAUGACCUGAGAGGGGGCCAGACAGCAGAGGGGGGGGUCUCCACACGGCGAAGCAGGCCCUGUGACGGCUGCAGCGGCUGGGAUGCUCAGUCACUCCUCCUGCAGACUGACGUGCACUGAAAAGCUUUCUCGAGUGGCUCACCGCUGAUGUCCUUCAGCUUUCUUAACUUCAGUGGUGAUGACGAGCCGAACGGAGCAAAAGUUAGCGCCUAAAAGACUGGGGAUGAGCCAAAACACUGUGCUUACCAGUAUCUGUGUAGUCAUUCAGAGAUGUGAAGCUUUAUAUCAGUCCACAGCACAAAUGUAACCCUACAGAACAUUUAGGAGAGUGCAAGAGUGAAGGGUAUCUGCCUGUACCUUAGACGUUUCUUUUCCCAUGAAUGUGUCAUCCUGGUUGUUGUAUGUGAGAACCGAACCCCUCUCCGACUGAUUUCAUGUUGGCGUGUGGUGCAAGUUUUAGUUUCAAGCAAUCCGCAGAAGAGUUUGUUUGCGAGAAUGAUAUAUAGGAUCAGUUAAAUCCACGACAGCCAAAGUGCCCGCUAACACAGCGCCUCUGUACGCGCACACUGUGCUCUGCUAAUCUCCUAAACUGCUUGUCACUCCCAUCGCUCUCACAAAUGAGCUCUUCAGACCACACCACACACGCUGCCGCUGCUACACACAGCCACUAUUUACUGUGCCCCCUUUCCCACGUCGCGCACAAAAGCACGAGCGAUGCAAACAGCCCGCAUGAUUAAUAACACGCUGUUCUGCAUCGCACUUUCAGAUUUAUCAAGAGCCGUUUCAUUUCUGCGGGGGUUAUGGCAGGCUUUCACUUUUUCAGACAUUUUACGGCGUUAACUGAAAUUUCAUUGACGAAACAAACGCAGAUAAAUAUCAGCGCCGGGCCUCCACCCUGAGAUCUUACUCUACUCCUGCUGUGCAGAGAAGGAGCUGCAGUGUGGGUCUGCCCCGCUCUCGGCACGGCCAAUUCCAGAGCCCACAGGGGGUGCUGGAGGCACGCCGUCAUCACGCAGCCCGACUGACAUCAUCCAUAAUAAUCCCCUCAUUCCCUCUGGAGGCGGAACAGCAGCAGCACUGGACUCUGCACGUACCCAAUUUCCUUUGCUAAUGAACACCUAAUUUACAAAAAAACGUAUGUUUGUGAUGGAUCUGGAGUCGGGUUAUGCCUUAAAACCUCACUGAAUCCAAACGUUUUUAAUCAUUCCUCAGAUGUUUGUGAAAGUGACAGAACGAGUGUGGAUCAUUAAUGUGGGCUGAAAGUAUCGGAGAAGGACUCUGAGGGGUGUAAGACUAAAAGAUGGGAAAGAAAUGAGUGGAAGGUGAUAAAAAAAAACAAUGCAUUUGGCCUGAGGGCUGGUGGGAAAGAUCCUCUUUGAUGGAGUGACUGGAGUUCAGCGGGUCUGAUUCUGCGCAUUUUCUUUGCAAUCACGCCAAGUCAUUGUCAGCUAAAGAUGCACCUUCACUCCGAGAGGUGCAUUCUGAACAAAGGAGGCUCUCCAAAAUCAAAUACGCCACUCUGAAGGCCAUGUACUGCAUUCAUUCUGGAAUCCAGGCAUGCAACGUUCACGUCUGACGCCAUCCUGAGAGUUUUCAUUCGGUUGCUAAGAAACUGUCCCCAAGGACGCAGGUUUUUUUUUUUUUUUUCCAACUAUAGGUGAUGCCAUUUUUCUUUUCUCUAACACUAAUAGCCUUAAGGGGAGCAAAUGAAACCCCUUGUUUUCCUCCGUUUUCUCCACUUCUGGCUGCUGAAGAUCUUCAUUUUUUGGUGGAACCUUUCUAUGCAUCCAGAGUUUGUGUGUCACUCAUUAGAUGGAGCUCAAUGUGGGAGAAAAAAAAAAGCCAUGACAAGCAGUGUUUAUUCAUCCUCAUUUAUCUACGGGUAUUUACACAUCUCAUUACACAAUAAUGAUUACCCAUCACAGCUCUUAGAAGUGGGAGCACAAAUGAUGUAGGCGAGGAGGCAUUUCCCCCUCGUGUCAGCAGCUGUCAGACUGACUCUCAGACAGCUGACAUAAAUACAUUAAUGAUAGAAUUAUCAUUUACAGUUGGUCCCCGCGCUGACGCUCAUUUAGUCUCAUUCCCUUCAUAAUCGGAGGUCAGAUCCAUUCCUUUCAUAGGCUGACUGUAUUAAAGCCCUCUCCCGCUCAGCCUGACAGUCCCUGCUCCCUGUGGCAUGACAGGAGAUUGGAGAUAAAGUUCUCCGCAGAGGCAGAAGUCACCUCAAAGAGCUGCUCUGCCAGACUUCAGACCUCUGUUAUCGUGCCAACAAACCCGCCUUCGCGCCGCGCUCCAUCCUCCUUGGCGUUCACCAGAAUGUAACAAGGUCACGUUUGCCACAUAAACAACCGUUUCAGUUACAGUUUCAUCUUGUUAAACUUAUCAUCCCUCAGUGUUCUCAUAAACAUUUAUUUUUUUGUCGUCCAGAACUCUGACUGUCUUUUUCUGGGAUUUUUAAUCGGAGGUUUUCUGAGGAAAGGCUUUUUACUGUAAUAAUAACAAGUGGGUUACGGCUGCUUUCUACUCUUUGUGUACAGAAAUAAAACUUUGUAUUUGCCAAA